CACUGUAUUGUAAAGGCAACUGUGAAACGGAGGGGGGGGGGGACGUGCCCCAAAAAAAAAAAAUCGGCCGAUUUGAUGUACAUCCAAGUCUCAGUCACCUCACAGCACCGCGCCGUUACUUUUUGAAAAGAUUUUUUUUGUUUUAUUAAUUUAUUCUAUUUUCUUAGUUUAUGGUUUGCGUUUUAACACUCCGGGAGGGUAGAAAUGGCGGCCAACAUGUACCGGGUCGGAGAUUAUGUGUUCUUUGAGAACUCCUCAAGUAACCCUUACCUAAUCCGCCGGAUAGAAGAACUCAACAAGACAGCCAGUGGAAAUGUGGAGGCCAAGGUGGUGUGCUUCUACAGGAGAAGAGACAUCUCCCACAGUCUUAUCCAGCUUGCAGACAAACAUGCAAAGGAUUUGGAAGAGGAGAAGGAGAGUCCAUCGGAGAUGGAGCUGACAGACAAACAGAAACACCAACUUCGUCACAGAGAACUCUUCCUGUCUCGGCAGUAUGAGAGUCUACCAGCUACACACAUCAGGGGAAAGUGUAGUGUGGCAUUAUUAAAUGAGACAGAAUCGGUUCUUUCCUACCUUGACAAAGAGGAUACCUUCUUUUACUCCUUGGUGUAUGACCCGACACAGAAGACCUUGCUGGCAGACAAGGGAGAGAUUAGAGUAGGACCACGCUUUCAGGCAGAUGUACCUGACAUGUUACAAGAGGGUGAGGCAGAUGACAGAGACCAGUCCAAGCUUGAGGAGAAGCUGUGGGAUCCAGAGUGUCCGCUCACCAACAAACAAAUAGACCAAUUCUUAGUGGUAGCACGUGCGGUUGGGACUUUUGCUCGGGCAUUGGACUGCAGCAGUUCAGUUAGACAGCCUAGCUUACACAUGAGUGCAGCUGCAGCCUCACGAGAUAUCACACUGUUCCAUGCAAUGGACACACUUCAUCGUCAUGGAUACGAACUGUCCAGUGCAUUGAGUGUGCUGGUCCCAGCAGGUGGCCCAGUGCUGUGCAGAGAUGAGAUGGAGGAGUGGAGCGCUUCCGAAGCUGGCAUGUUCGAAGAGGCUCUGGAGAAAUACGGCAAAGACUUCAACGACAUCCGACAAGACUUUCUGCCUUGGAAGUCUUUGACCAGUAUCAUUGAGUACUACUACAUGUGGAAGACCACAGACAGAUAUGUUCAGCAGAAGCGACUGAAGGCAGCGGAAGCAGAGAGUAAGCUCAAGCAGGUUUAUAUCCCCACAUAUAACAAGCCCAACCCCAACCAGAUCUCUAUGACCAAUGGGAAAAUGGUAACAGUGAAUGGAGCUGGGCCGGGCACCUACCAUACAGCAGGAGGGGGCAGAGCCUGCGAGAGUUGCUACACCAUGCAGUCGGCCCAGUGGUACUCAUGGGGGCCUCCCAACAUGCAGUGCCGUCUGUGUGUAGCCUGUUGGAUGUACUGGAAGAAGUAUGGUGGUUUAAAGAUGCCAAGCAGAGCUGAGGGCCCUGAGGAGAGGACCUCGCCUAGUCCUGCAAGCAAUGAGCCUCGUUCUCGGAGUCACGCCCCCCGCCAGUCCAGCCACAUGGUACCUGUGCGUAACAGCGGCAGCCCCAAGUCCUCCAUGAAGACUAAGCAGGCCUUCCUGCUGCAGGCCACCCGCCUCACCAAGCUGGCCCGGCAUAUGUGCCGUGAUGUCAUCAGGCUGCGCCGCGCUGCGCGCCGGCCCUUUAUCCCCAUUAACUGUGGGGCCAUAAAGGCAGAGUAUAUGUUAAGGGUGUCAGAAGGUCAGGGGACUCGCCUGCCAAAAAUCAGGGCUGCCCCGAGGAGCACUUUGACCAGUGUCCUGCAGUUCCUAGAGUCUCGUCCAGCGGCCCAUGCUCCACGUUCCCACCGCACUCCUGGCCUGCAGGCCCCUCCCCCCCGCCGUCUCCUGUCCUCACUCCCCCACGGACCCCACGGAAUGCUGGGGAAACGCAGCUACCACCACCACAGCAGGGCUGAGCCAGAGAGACGUUCAGGUAAACACACACACACACAAACACACAUUUUGUUAAAGGAUUUAUAUAUAAUUAACCUCCCACAGCACAAUGGGCGUAACAGCGGCAGUGGAAGCACCAGGGGGGGAGUGAUGAUACGCAAAAGGCGCCCAAAUUGGAUCGACGCCCCUGAUGACAGCUUCUUUCUUGUCACUCGGGAGACCAGGAGGGCCAGACGACUGCUGUCCAGGUCCCAGCUGAGGCACGCCUGCCGGCAGCCCUGUGAGCAGAUCACCUUGCGCAGGGUCUCCCAGGCCCCCACGCAGGGGCUCGUCCUGGCCCCCCCACACCCUCACCCCAGCCUGAGGAUGCGAGGACCCAUUGUCAUCCACGACUGAUUGGCUACGCACCCCCAACACACACACACACACACACACACAUACACACACACACAACAGCGUGCUCUCUACACACACCCAACUGACUCGCAUCUUGGUACCGUAUUUGCUUCUAGCCUCAAAAAUCCCAUUAUAACAACCCCCACUCACACACACAAACACACACACACACACACACACACACACACACACACACACACACACACAUACACACACACACACACACACACACACACACACACACACACACACACACACACACACACACACACACACACAUUUUGUUUCUCGAUUAGCCAGCAGUAAGGCAUGAGAAGGAAGUGAUAAGCUGCGAUGCACU